AAACGUAGUCGACGCCAUCGGCGGUCGGCCAUUCAAUAACGUAUUACGUUUCGUGUUUGUUUAUACGUAAACAGCACAGACUUUGAUAGCACAAUUUUGACGUAAUUUAGCACUUUGAUCGUUUGCGGUUAGUUGCAGAUGUCAUGUAGUUGUAAGAUAUUAUGGUCAUGCACUUGACUUGAGUUAGUACUUGAAGUUCCGAGUGCUUAAUGGCUGACUGUGUUUUCUGGUAUGUAUUGCAUAUUUGAUAUAUACUCUACCAACUCACUUUGCUAUCUGCUAGUACCAUCUUUGCGGAAGCUAAAAAGGAUAGAAACUCUUACACGCUAGCUAUCGUUAUUGCGUAAGAAGAAGGAAAAACAGUAUGUCGUAAUAGAUUCCCACAUUUAUUUAACAACAGGAAGAUUGCUAGUUUGUUUAUCAGUAUUCCAUCUGUCCAUCAACCCAAGAUCUCCUUUCGAUUAGGCGACCGGCGAAACUCACGGCUAUUUUUGACUCCGCGGUCAGUAUCUGUCUGCCAUUGUUUUGGUGUGCCACUAAGAAAGUUUUUAGUCAAACUGAUACAGUUUACGUAUCUAUGACCCAGAUAACCAAAUCGUACGUGCUCUACCGUGCCACAGGAAGUGACAAAUGAAAUGUUAGCAUGUCGAGAAGCGAGAAGAAAGAGCAUAAAUACGAAAAAGACGAAUUCAGCUUGAUCUGUCUUUUUUUCUCUGAUUGAUUUUCCUAAAUUUUCAUCGAGAAAAUUCCCUAAGUGCACUAUUGUGACUAUGGUAAAGAGCUUUUGAAAAUUUCAGCAGACGACGCUUUUGGUUUCUAUUUGAAAUCUUGCUGUAGUUACUGUCGUGAAUGAAAUUUAAUUUGAUUUCAGUUGAAUGGAAAGUGCGUUUUAACAGUCUUUUAUCUUCGUUCUCGAUCCAAGUAGGUUGUCUAGAUGUUAGCCUUUUCUUGAUCAUUGACUGCAUGCGCCAUGUGCUGAAGGCAAUGGCGCCAGAAUACACCAGUAAUUGUCACUUACCAACCCCUGCUUUCUUAUUUUACAGUUGUCAAAGGUUGCAUAAUAUUGUGGCUUCUGGGAGGAAAAGGUAGCCUAAAGUCUACACAAGUCUUAAUCGAGACUGCACCAAGCGAAGGCUACGCUCGCCGCAGAAGAACGAAUUUAAAGGAAAAAUUGAGUUAAGUAAGUUCUGUUUUUUGUUUUUUUUUUUGUGACUAGGCUACGGAAGUUUCCCUUGAAUUUUUUUUCUUAGUACCACGCAAUUUAGGAGAUAAUUCCUCACUUGCUGUUCCAUUCAAAUAAUUGUAUAGAAAACGUAAUUAUAUUAUUGUCGUCUUGCGAGCGAGCGCAGAAUGCGUAACACACAUUUGGUCAUGGUACGUGACAUGAAGAAAAAAUUUUGGUAGAAAAUUUUAGUUUUUAACUAGAAAAAAAAUUGGGCAAAAUCUGAUAUUCUUUAAAGCUAAAUUUGGUAACGUAGGCGAGCAUAGCACACCAUCGGAUAGCUUAGAUCAAACCCUUGGUGUUCAUUUCUUACUACACAUAGUUGAUUCAUUCAUACGCACUAUAAGCGUUCCUAUGAGCAAAUGAUAUAACGUGUCAAAAUUCUUGUGAAUGUUAUGCUUGGACACUUAAGUUCUUGUGAAACCGCAUUACUGUUGGCAAGGAAGUGACAUUUUCCCUUUUUCGUGGUUAUCAUUAAAACGUUUUGCAUUACAGUUAUUAUUUCAGUAAUAAUUCGAUUUAGAACCCUCGUUCUAAUAAGCGCCCCCUCGAAUUUGUUGAUGUCGAUAAGCACCCCCAUUCUAAUAAGCGCCCCUAUCGAAAAAAGCACCCUCCUUCCAAAAGAUGCCUCUUUGCCAAUAGGCGUCUAUAUCCCAAUUAGCGCCCCUAUUCUGUUUCAGUGUUAGCAUUGUUAGGGUACAUGCACAUUAAGAUCAACCGUGGCCCAUUUUCCUUUAAUUGCUCACUUAAAGCCUCUCUACAAAAAGAGUGCUCUUCGUCUCAGUCACUCAACUUGAAUGUCCACGUGACUACACAAUUCCUCUAAACGAAUGAUCUAGCUAAUGAGGAUCCAGGGACAACGAGUCCAUUUUCCAGUCUUCGUGAUCCUUUUCAUGUAAUAAAUCAAAGCCUUGUUUCGCGCACUCUGCUGUUUUUCAAAAAAGAAUGAAGCGCCUUGUCUCUUAUAAAUGCCCUGUUUCGAAUAAGCGCCCUCCCGCGAGGUACCAAUAGUAAAUAAGCACCUCGGGCGCUUACUCGAAUCCUCACAGUACGUCCGCUAUGAGUCGUUUUUACGUUUAUAGGUUAAAAUAUUAGCAUUAACUGCAGACAAGAAAUUUUUUGCCAUCAUGUAGCAUAAAAAGUAUUGGGGCGUUUUAUUUUAGCGACGGUUCUUUUUUACUGCGGAAACUACUCUACAUUUUGCAAAUUGAGAACAAUUUACAAAAAGUCUGCUACAAUAAAGAAACCGCAACAUGUUAAUGCUACGAUGUAUUUUUCUAAAGGGUAUGUUAAGAAUUAUAAGAAACGUGAGAUGAAUUUUGCCCUUUGUCCAAACGUCAUAUGCAGACUCGCCAACUUCCUGGGUCUCCUGAAGGGGAGCUCACUAAAGAAGGAUGCUUAUCAUUAGUGGGAGGGGAGACAAGGGAUGUAUUAAAAGCUCUACAGGAAGAAACCGCAACAUGACUCAUUGCUUUUUUUUUUCUAUUUUGAUAUGCGUAAAGUUAGACUGUUUGAGAUGUGAGAUAUGUGUUAGUGAAUAGCGGAAAAAAUAAAAAACUACACUCAGUUUAUUCUGCAGAUGGAAUCUGGCCUUACAUUGAAUAGUUUACUUCACACACCAGUUUACUUUAAACAAGACGCGAGGCAUUUCUCUUUUACGUUCUCCAUAGUUUCUAGGAAGUCAUGACAGAACUUGCGUCUUGAGACCUUGGCCGGCUUGUUGAUAGCUGGAUGAAGAUAACGAAGAGUUAGAGUGAAAUCUGAUUUCAAAUCUGAAAGCUUUCAAAGAAAAUUCAUUAUAAUUCCUUUGUCUACAAUUUGAUGAUUGAAUGUUCUAAAAAAACAAAGAAAUUGUUCCGAAAAAGGCUUUAAAACAAAGUGUAAAGAAACUUGGAUUGUAAUUUAACCCUGGAUUGGCGGUAAUUGGUCUUCGAACAACUGGGUCCAGCUGAUCUUCAAAUACAUGUCUUUGCAAAAAUAGUCUUCGCAAAUGUGCUAAAAAAGUUGACUUCGGAAGCUACCAAAUUGAAACUUGCUUAACAUCAGAGGCGAUCACAUGCGUUUCAAAUCUCCUCCUUCGAUUUUUUUGUGAUCUUCUUGGAAAAAAGGGUACUCUCAACAAGAAUAAUGAUUUCUUUCGAUAAUUAGGGUGGCAGCUAUUUUUUCAAUUUCGUGUCGCAGUUUGCCAGACGAGGCUUCCUAUUGAACACGCCCUUCAGUCACUUAGUGGUAACAAAAAUCAUAUAAUAAUAUGCUUUGUCAACUGAAAGAGUCAGUUAGAUAUUGACACUAUCGGUCACGAAAUAAAAGAUACGAACAUUUAUGUGCUAAAAUAGGUGCAGGAUCGAUUUGAACAAUGAAACUUUUGUUUUCCUUGUCGGGAAUGUUAACAUCUUCAAUGAAAUGAAAUCGUAAGUACUGUCGUCAUUCGGAAUCAAUCAAUUGGUAAGAUGUAUUUAUAGGAAGCGUUUAACGCUGUUAAUGACACAGUGAGCCUUUACACCUUUGUCGUUACCGAAAAUUAACACGAAGUCUUUAAUUAAAGUCAUAGUCUUAGGUCUUUCGUCAUUGGCUCAUUUGCAGUUAUCAAUUGCUCUGACGAAGGGCUAACGCUCGAAACGUCAGCUUUUUUACACUUUACGGUGGCCAAUUUACGUUUUCAACCUAGUUGUUAACACUAAAUUACCUGCUACACUCUCCCACCGACGCAGCAACACACAUUUCCUUUGAAACUUACCCCCUUUAUUCAAUGCAGUUAUCAAUAGUUAACAAUUUUUACCGACAGUGGGGUUAAUAAUUGUUUUAGUAUAGACCACAACGAAAUCAACAAAUUAGGCUAUAUAACGAAAAAUGGUCAGUAGUUAAACUCUUGACGCAAGAUUCUGUUUCUUCAGCUGCCCGAAGGUAAAUAAUACUUUGCUAAGACCGGACUAACCAAUUGGCGCGCGCGAAAAGCACUGUAUACUUGAGUGAACGCUCUGUUUACUUAGCUUGCGUAAAAUGACUGACCCAUUGAUAGUUGCCGAAUUUAGUGCUUUUCCUUCCUGGGGACGAAUGAAAAGCCUUGGGCUUUAAUUUAACAUUUUUUUUUCUUUUCAUAAAGAUUGCUUCUCAUUGUCGUUCGAAAAAUUAUAAAAGCAGCAAAUCCAGACAGAGAUGUAAAAAUCCCCAGCACGCUCUCUUGAACAUAAUAACGUUACAUAUCUCGUGGUAAGUUGAGUUUUGAAAUAUUUUAACUUUUACAGGAACAGGUUUAAACCUGAUUCUUUAAAAAAAAGAAAAACACCUAUGUAGUUGAUGGCAAACCUCUUUGCCCACAAAGGUGUUAAGAGGGAAAAUUUUCGAUUAGCGCACCAAUUACAUGAAAGUCAGGUAAGCUUUUUUUUGGCUACAUGUACGUUGACUAUUUUCUAUUACGUAUAGUUUGAAAGAUGGAUUGUUCUCUGUUUGUUUGACUCUUUAAAUGGCCAGAUCAUAAGUAAUUUUCUACUAAAACAAGUCUCAAAUGAGGACUCUCAUCGUUUGAAUUGAAUCUCAGAGGAUUACUUGGUGUUUGAUGUGACUCUGUAACUUUUCCAAGAACGCUUUGGAUUUUUACUUUCGUUUAAGUCCUUUUUGGAGAUGGAAAAGUGAAAACCAAUAACUAUCCAGUUUUACAAAGCUAAACUAGUUUCCUUGCCAGAUCCCACACUGUUUAUUCAUAUACUUUUUUUCUUUUUAACAUGUACGUUGCCAUUUUGUUGAGGGCAAUUUAUGUAUAGCGGGGUGAAUGAAUGAAGUCUAAAAGGUUUUUGUUAAUUCAGUACUUACCGUUCUGUAAUUUGCAAGAAUUUUCUCGGCGGCAGUAACGAUUUUUGCCGCGCAACGCAAGAAGUAAUCAGUGGUGUCAUGUUUACAUUCAUAUCUAUGAAAUACUACACCAUUGUGAACUAUUUUUAGACCACUUCGAGCAGUCAUUUUUCUCCACUCCACCUCUGCUGCCAACAAAUGUUUUCUUUCGUUCAAUACUCGGAUUAUGUUGCAUCAAAAGAGCCAGACUGAUAAACUCUCUUGACUCUAUUUAUAGACUCAGUUAUCGCGUAAAUGGAACCGAAAGCUUAUCACCUUUUUAAAAUUGACUAAAAGUUCGCGGUUACAACAAAAAACCACCACCAUAUUGCACUGUUUAUGAAUAUAAUCUCGAAUUGGUAACUCACGAACCAGCUUUCGUUUGAUGUUCAAGAUGAAAGAGAUUAACAUCUUGACGCUUUCGCGAAAGAUAUCUAUCUCUUCACAUUCAAUAGCUAAGGAUGGGCUGAGUCAUGCAAACAUUUUCUUUUUCAGAUGAAUUUCUUAUUAUCAGUAGAGUACAGGCUGUUCCAAAAAGACUUUCUGUCAAUAUAAGGACUUCUAGUUUACGAGUCUUGAUAGUCUUAUUUGACUUAAAUGUCAAUGUUUUACGUUCAGGAAAGUUACAGAUGUUUGUAAAUGUUUUCGUCUUCCCGGUUGGAAACAUCGUAACCUGAGUCGAUGCAAUAAUUCUUCUUUCCUCCAGCUUUGAUAUGCCGAGGAAAUUCAAAUUUCACCAAGCUGAAUAGCCGUAUUGUAAGUGCUGUUGAUUUUAUUAAAAAAUGAAACACGUCUUGCUUCUCAACAGCUAAUCAUGCGAUCCCCAAACAAUUCUUUCACAAAUGAAAUUACAGUGAAAAGUGAAAGUAUCACCGAAAGAUCAUUUCAUGUAAAUUUACUUUUGACAAAACAGUCUUCCAUAAGCGUUUUAUGCGGGGUGUUUUUGAUUUUCUAUCCUUGAGAAACUCGGAGAAUUCGCAUAAUGGUCAUUUAAUUGUCUUAUCCUUCCUUUUUCUUUACUUGCAAGCAUGUUUGCGCGGAUUUCUAAUUAUGUCGUGCCAUAAUCAUCAUCUUCAGCCUGGGCGAUCGCAAAAUUACCGUGUAGCUUCACUUCGGAACUUCUUCCUUCCUUUCACAGCUCAAAAUAUUAAAGCAAUACUUCAUACGUGUGAAUAUUUUCUGUAUAAUCUCCUGUUUCCACAACUUCGAGUUAUCAUCCUUUGAGACCUCUGUUUAUUAACAUCAUCGUCCUUCUAACGCUUCGAGGUUUUCGUUGCAAAGCGCAGCGAUCCUCCAUCCAAGAUGAAGUUUUCUCCUUCUUCGAUUCUGGUUUGAGAGAUUCUCGCCAUUUCUGAAAGCCGUAAAUCAAGUCAAUGGCGAGAAACAGAUAAAGUAAACAGACCAGCGCAAUUGCAACAUCCAUCGAGACGGCUUCGUUGGUCGUUUGUUCCGGUGUUCAGUAUCGCUUCUGCACUAAAUUAAUUUUUGUUUCCUUUGCAUAAAAUAUGUAUACGUAGUUCGCGGCAAGGCGCGAUGGUGAAGUUUGUCUUACACCUAGAAGUCUCAAUUUAAAGUUGAUCGUCAAACUAUAAUAUUUAUGAACACCAAAAUAUUAUGUUUCUCUUUUUGUGAAUAUAUAGACUCGAUCAAAAAUCCCGCGAGACAAUUUCAUGUAAAUGCGUGCUCACAUCCUGUCUGUAACCGAAACGAUUUUAUCGCAAAUAGCUUGUUGCUGAUGGUUAUCAUAACAGAGCUCUCACACAAUCACGGGUUAAAUUGAAAUCCAUUGUUACUAAAACAGAGAUAGGGUUCUCAGCAUUGUCCUCAUUCAGAUUCAAAUACACAGAGUCGAAACGAAAAUUCAUUUCGGAAGUCGCGGCUACAUCUGACCGUGAAACAGCUGGCUUUUCCUUUUUGUCUUCUUCUUCUUCUUCUUCUCCUUCUUUUGUGUUUUCCUAAUAUAUAGAUUCAAAAAUUAGCAAUCAUAUUUUUGUACAAAACACAUUUCCUCGUCGAUUCCCUAUCAAAUCUCUUAAGGAACACGUUCCAACUACUUCUCCCAGAUUGCCUUUCGGAUUUCUUUUCCAGAUUCAGGCCAGAUUUGAUAGUGUGUUGCUCCAUUACACAAUCUUUUGUUGGCUAAAUUUUUCUUCUGAACACAAACUCUGCAGCUUAAUGACCAUUCAUGGAUAUAGGAUGAUAAAUUAGUGCAUUGAUGGUGUAAAUGAAAUAUGAUGCGCUGUCGUUCGUGGUCUGUUUACCAGUAAUUCACGAUUGAACUCUUAGUGGUAGGCAGUAACUUAGUUUUUCAUCAUCAGUUUCAAUUCAGAACAAGUUGAAUUAAAAUUAUUCAAUGCCAAACAAGGUGAACAACUGAACAGACUCCCUGAAAAGAGAAAAAAAAGUUUAAGAGUAGGGAAAUUAGGGAAAUUUUUUUAAUUUGGAGUGUAUUGUCUGUUAUUCAUUAAUUCAUGCUGAACCUUUCUGGUAAAGCGAGGUACCAAAGGUAUGAUUUUCACAGAUUGGCUGAGAGAAGAAAUCUGAUAUCUCCCAGAACAAAAAAAGUUACAUAGCCGAAGUACGUACUUAGAAAAGAGUAUCUGAUGGUCAGAAAAACAAAACGAAGAAGAGAUUUUACUCUUAGAAAACAUCUUACUCCAAGUGCAUUUAACUCAAAAUCUGAGAGGAAAGAAAAUUUCAACUUGUUGUCAGACGUAUGUGAGAAGUAUAAGAUAACAAAUCAGUUCAGUUCAUCGAGGAGAUAACUAAGUAUAGUGGUUUAAAAGCUAUUAAAACUCGGCUCCGACAGUUUUUUUCUCAGUUCAUUAUUUCGGCGUACAAUGUGCUUAUUUUGACUGCUUUAACUUCAGAAUCGUAUUUAUAUCUUCUAGUGAAAAUUGAUAUUGAUUUAGUAGUCAAUUUAUGAUGAGACAAAAGUAUUUUGUAUUCGUGACCACUAAUUAAUUAAGUUAUAACUGUUUUGCAUAGGUACUAAAAUUGUGCAGGUACUAAGAUGGUACUUUCACAAAUUGAGAGUAUUCGAACUGAUUUCCCUUUCUCAUAUCCAGCGUUGUCGAAAAAGCAUGUUUAAAGCGUUAUUUUACAAGCUACUGGAGCCCCACCCAUCGCAACCUCAUUAAGCCCGCGAUAACGAUAGCGGUUACUACCCUUGCUUUUUUGACCUUUUCAAUCUGGUGUGGAAAUAGUCCUGAUUAGAUCAACCAUUAAGAGGUAUUUUACCCAAAAGGCCACGGAAAAAAUUCCACCUAAUCAACCAACUCAAAAGAAUUUGGUCUUAAUUGAAAACACGAUCUUGGUUUUGCCUGCUAGCAUUAGUACGUUGUUUUCACGAAGAAAUCUGGCUAACCUGUGCGGCCAGAUUUAUGAGUGCUUUGGCCAGUAGAAAAAUUCUAUUUUCUGCCUACUAAGACAAACUACGUAAAGCCUAAAAAGUGGUUCAUGAAAUUACUCUCCAUCUUUUUUUGCUGGUAUGGAAAAGAAGGGUUUGAAAAAAAAAACUCUUGCGGUCGAGAAUUUAUCGAACUGUUCGAUGAAUAAAUAACUAAGGUAAUCGCCUAUAGCCUGGAGUUCGGCUAAUUUGAGCAAUGCUUGGUUGAUAGGUUUGUGUGACUAAGUGACAUCAAUUGAAGCCUGGUGUCAAUAUCAGCUGUAUACUAAUUAUUUGUCUUAGUUUUCAAGCUCAAAAUGAGUCACUUUCACCUUGUAGUAAUAAGGAAAUGUGUUCAGCUGUUUUUACGACGGUUAACCAUUUAGUAAAUUCCAAAUCGUGCGUAAAAGAGAACCAUAGAUUAAGAGGAGAUAAGCCCACAGCACUUACUGGGAGUGAGAAAAUGAUUUAUACACGAGACCACAUCUAUCAAAGGUGUACAUUCCACGAACCGUAAGGUUAGGAUGCGACACACGGUAAGAGGCAUCUUUGAAAUUUGCGCAAAAUUCGGAAGCUCAAUAAUUAUUCACCCCUUCCGUUAUAAAACCUAAAUAAGGCAACUUUUCGCAAUGUAAUUAGUGAUAAAAAUUAGCUAGUACCGCCUACGCGGCCGAAACCAUCUUGUCUCCAUUAUAAGUAAAAGUGACGGUUGUUAGUCUAUGACUGAUUGCAUAAGGAUAUAUAUAUAUAUGUAUGCAUUUAUUAAGUGUUUUAGAAUCUUGAUUGAAUUUCUCAUGUGUUCAGAAAUAAGCAUAAUCUAUGAUGUAUAACGUUACAACUGAAAAGUUUUACUGACGUCGCCAAAAGCUCCUGGGCCAAAAACAGGGUGGUAUUGUAAAUCACCAGUGAAUUUGUGUUGAUGUAAAAGACCCGCAGAUGAAUAGCUUAACUUUGUAUUCUUUGAAUUGUGUAAAUCUGCGGGAAAUUUGAAUCUAUUUGUGUUUUAUGCGAUUAUUAGUUUAACAGUAGGUGGCUUCAAAGUGUUUUAAUCUCCAAAAUUCAAUUUUGAGGUUCAGCUAGCAGUACACCGGCCGAUAUGAUUGCACAUAGAAGGCUAUAAUCCUUGCUUACUGUUUACCGAUGUACAGCAACAAAUUCGAUCGUGAGUUUGUUUGUACAUGAUCGUGUAAUCACCAGAUCACAGAAAUUGCCAUAUUCCUUUGGACUUAAGACCGUUAGUUCAAUCUUUUCCUUCACGUGGGCAUUCAGUGACAAUUUUGUUUGAGUCAGACGGUGGACUUUCAUGAUUCGACAGUUAUUUGAAAACUUGAAAUUUACGAUUUAACUGGUAAGUUUUAAUCAUGAAACAUCUCCAAAGUAGCCGCCACUUCUCGCUUCUCCGUUAGGGAAUAAAUUACUACCCAGAGGCAGGUGUAACGUGGUAAGCUCUAGCGACCAUAGCACGAGUAUUUCCUAGCACUUCUGUUUUGGGGUUAACAUCAGAAAAAGGUUAAUUUUAUCACUUUCUUCCUACUUUUUUCGCUGGAAGAAAUAUGGUCCAUUAAAUUUGUUCCUACUGAUGUUGUCUUCCUGAAUCAGAAACCACAAGUUAUCUUGAAUUUUAGACCAACACAGUGGGUAUUUUAUUAUCUGUGACAUUUUCUUACACUCACAACAAGAGAUUGAUCGAUUACUGGGCAGAGUAAUUUUUCUUAUUUCAAUCUUAACGGCGGCACUCGUGCGUGAUUUUCUCCUGCGCUUUCAAGGCUGACAUAUACACAAGGUGUGUUGUUCUCUGCAUAAGCAAACAAACUACAUGCAUUCCUUUCUUCCGAAAGGCUCCAGUUAAGGCAAUUUCUCCGACUUCGUUUUCAUUUGUCCGCUGUGUCAUACCUCGCAGCCAGAGAUGUUGCCGCCUCGGUGAUUUUUCUUUGAUUAAUUCGAUUCCUUUCUUAAAGUUUCUUGUGCAUAGCUUUGUCUAGACUCCUGUAGUUGAGUACAGCUCAUCACUGAUUGAAUUCAGUGAUUUUUUAGGAUGCUUUCGCGCGUUCACGAAAGGAAGACCAGAGCGCGAAAUGGCUUCAUUUCCUUUACUUUAGCUUCAGUCUUAACGAUAAAUCAAACUAUUUGGAGGUUAGACUGGAUAGAAGUAAUUUAGGAUUUAGCGGCUGAAAAAUUUGAGAACGAGUUAUGUUUUCAGUAUCGCGGCGUGCUUUCAUCUUUCGAGCAUCUAAAAGGGUCUUGUUUAUAAGCUAACGUUAUAUGAUUUAAUUUCUCAGUUACUGGUUUUAAAAGGAAUUAGUUCGGAAUUAGUUGGUAUAUCGUUAUUUCAGUAGGCCUUUAAGGCAGAAGUAAAUCUCAGUGAAACAAAAAAAUAUCGAUCAAAUAUUCAUUCGUUCAUAAGUGUUUUUAACGUUCUGAAAAUAUCUUGACGAACAAACCCAAUUAUUACUACUGAAACGAGAGUAGAAAGAAAAACAUCAAUGAAGAGUGGAAUCGAAUUAAAAAGUGCAAAUAAACAAUCAAAUUUGAUAAAGUAUCUCUCCGUUUCUUAAAGCCAAGUUUUUUGGGCCAAUCUUUCAACAAACAUCAGAGACUUUGAUACUGCAUCAAUAUCUUUUGUCCUGAUUAAAGUGAUAUAUAUUUACAUUUCGUAGAGAGAGAUAUUUACAUUUUCAUUUCACACCUGCAGAGUUUAUUUCCAGUAGUCUGUUCUUCGCGCAUGAGUGGCUCUGAUUCUCAGCUUAUCAAAUUGGAUCUUCGUUGUUUCUCCCUGUUCAAGAACACCGCUAGAUCAAAGACUUUGCCGCCGAUUUUAGCUUUAAAUAAUCAAUUUUAUUUUUCUUACCAGUCCACAAAUUAAAAAAAUCCUGAUACAAUUCUCUUUUGUAUUAAACGUCGCCCUUCGUAAAAAGUGAUUGUUUGCAGUUUUCUCUUUCUAAUGCCCUUUAAUUUUGUCGUAGCAACGCUUAUUAAAUAGAGCUCAUUUUAUUGUAGAAAUGUGUUACCACUUUUUCCUCUCGCGUUGAAGCGAUUUUUGCAUAUGAUGCGGGAACACCUGGUUUCACCUUCAACCAAAAAAAAACAGCCUUUUGGUUGAAAUACAAAAAGUUGUAAAUGCUUUAAAAAUCAAUUUAGAAUUUCCUCCAUUUAUCCCUCCCGAGUCAUACCAAAACUCCUUUGUAAUCGGUUGUAAUCGUACUGGUAUAUAGUUUUCAGUAAAUUGUGUCCGUAAGCAAGCUACAUUACUUAUUAAUGAAUUAUUUUUCUUAUUUAAUCCAAUAUUCGUUAAGGUGGCCAUUGUUAAGCUGAUAUAUUUCCUUGUAAGUUGUUUAUUACAUCCGCAAGGCAAAUCUGCAGGGUGAUAUCAUAUGGCAAACAUCCAGUCAGAAAGCUAAACUCAAAGUUUUCGAUGGCUUGGCAAUUUACCGAUCUGCUCUUUUUCAGUAAUACUUGACUUAAAAAGAGGCAUUACUCAUUUUCCGUGACAAUAUUAACCUCUACCUUAAUGUUACCGUGGAACCAAUGACUGCGAUGAAGAUUAUCAUUAUGGUGACGGCGGAAAUUGAUCUACUUACGUCACUGUCAAAUAUGUAAUCUCGCCCCCUUUCUUCAGCAAUUUCCGCCGAGGUCAGGGGUAGAAGUAAAUAUUCCGGCUUUCAAGGGCAAGCCAGCUAAACUUGGUGCUCUGACUGGUCAAACUACUUUCCCAAAGAUCUCGUAACUGUCGGACAAAACUGAGAAUGAUGAGCUGAUCUGCUUGGCGCAUAAAAGGGACAGUCCAAAGACGCCGCAAAACUAACCUUUUUAGCGUAUGCGAGAUAUUCUGACCAUCGUGAGUGAAUUUAAAAUUUCGCAUUACUCUUCGUAUCUAUCGUAAAGGUAAAUAUUUUUGCUGUAAGAAGGUUAACUCACGCCGGUAAUGGAAAAUGUGAGAUUGCAUCCUUCAUCCGAGAGAGGUUUUGUGAUAACUCUGAGUUUGCUUGACAGCCGUCGUCGGGAAAAUCUACUAAUACGUUCACUAGAUUAGUAGCGUAAACAGAAGAAAAUAGGUAUCAGUGCUGAAAUCAAUGAAGAUCCAAUGCCAUGAAUUCCAUUGGCCCAAAACCUUUAUUCAGUUUAAAGAGUAAAUCACGACUUAAAAACGGCAGCUACAGUGUGGAAGAUGCUUGACUAUAAGAUGUGACCUAUUCAUGAUGAAAAACGAAUCACAACCUUUAUCAUACCUCAGAGUAGGUUUGUCGGUUUUUCAGUUUAUUAUUAAGUUCCAAUUUAUCCGUUGAUGACGUGCUGCGAGCUCACCGUUGGUUAUCAACGUACCCAACGUGAAUGAAUUUCGACGACAUUAACAAACAGACUUCCUCACAUGAGGAAGUCAGUUCGUUAAUGGCGUCGAGACUUAUUCACGUUGGGUACACUGAUGGCCAACGGUGAGCUGGCACACGUCAUCAAAUGAUAAAAUGUUGACUCAAGCAAGUUUUAAAGCUUUUGUUGAUCGUUAUUACUUUGCGGUCUUUGUACUUUAAGGUUGUUUUCCAUUCGCAAGUUUGGUGAAAUAAGACUGUGAAGAGAACUUGAGGCUUUCAAUAGCAGUUUAGCGAAGGUGUUGACGUUCUCUGCUGCGAUCUAGAAAAGCUGCUAUCGAUAGAAUUCAGAGUCUACGCGCGCAAAUUAGAAGACGUAGUGCGGGCCAAAUAUUGCGAUUCAUCGAUUAAAGAGGAUCAUUUUGAUCUUCUAUAGUUUAAAGCGGCCACGUGAUGAGCUAUCUCUGAUAGCUAUUUUUCUUCUAAGAUUGUACGACUUAUUCUAGCCCAGUAAUCAGAAGGUGAAGCCUUAAUAAAUUUGAGGUGAAGGGGGUAAGUUUCUAAAGAAACUCUGGUACUACUUCGGUGGGAGAGUAUAACAGGGUAGUUUAGUAUUAUCAACUGAGUUGAUAACGUACACUGGCCACCGUAAAGAGUUGAUCGUUUCGAGCAUUAGCCCUUCGUCAGACUAUACUGAGGUGGUAAGUUUAGCGAGUUACGCGGGUGAGAGACGAAUAAACUCGAUAUCGAUAUUUUGAAGAAAAAAAAAGCCAUGUCGUCGAGAGAACUCAAGAAAAUGUUUUUGAAUGUUUCGAGCUAAAGAUGGAUGGUCAGGAUGAACUAAAUGUAAAUUGCGUUUAUUUCUUUCGGCCAACUGGUAAAUUAAACGAUAGGUUAUUGACCAAUUAGAGAGCAUGACUAUCAAUAAUUCGUCUUUCUUGAUCCUUCUCUCUUAUUAGCACUGAGUUUCGCUGACUUGGGAUUUAAAUCACGGAUCAAUGGAAAACUCCACAAAUGUUACGCAAAGAGCUCCUGCUAAUGCUCUUCAGAUCGAGCCAAGCUGGGUUUAUACUGGAGUUGGAAUAUAUUCUGCUCUCGUAAUCCUCAUUGUUGCGGGUUAGUAUUAGUGAAUGAUUUUAAACGCUUUUAUAAUAACAUGACUGGUUCUUACGUUUCUAAACGAGACUGAAAAAUAGAUGCGUUGCAUUAAACUUAGUUAGAUCUCAGAACACGACGAAUGCUUCGGGCUUAGUUUGAUCUCUUUUCAAAUCCUGUUUCAGCAGACAUUUAUAUUGUGCUCGGGUUGAAAUCAGACAAGAGAGCAGGGACAUUAUUUAAAUUUAAUACCUAAUUUCUUGUAAGGCCCCAGCGCCGGCUAAUGCGUUUAACGGACCCCACACGUGGGCUUCCAUUUAGGUUUACUUUGUGAAAUACAUCGUCAGCUAAAGACGUAUGUACACAAAAACAUUAGAGAUGACUUUGCUUAUUGCUACUGUGGUGCGUGACUUGAAUAUUCUAUUGCUUAGCUCGCCUAAGGCAUUUUACAUUAUGCCUUUUAUAAACAAAAAAUCCGGUGAACGGGGCAUAUUAACUGUUGAACUGACCUCGCUCGCGAAUUCCGUUCUUUUGUCCCAUAUAAACAGAAUAAAAGAGGAAAGUCGUUUACUUUGUUUUUAAGAUCGUCAUCUUUUUCACGGAUACGUAACCUUGGUAACCAAAACCCUCGUGGAGAAAAUUUGUUCUUUAUGGUUUUAGAUGAUGCGCUGAAUUACAAACGCAUUUGAUCGGUUCUUAGUCAUGAUAUAUUGGAGGACAGACGCAUAGAUGACAAUACCUUUCACAAAAUUUCCCUUUUUAUCAUAUAUGUAGAUUCUAUUUUGCCGUGGGUCUGUAAAGUAAUGGAUCACAGGUGACUUAAAAAUGUGGUAAGAACAUCAGUGACACUCAGAUAUCUCCUCAUGUGCCGCUUUUUUGUCCUUACCACAUUUUGACGUCAUCUAUAAUCUAUUACUGAAAAGACAUACGGCAGCAUGGAAUCUCUUUGUUCAUCCUAUAAACUCCCAAGAUCUGAUUGUUGAUUCUCCCCUCCAGCUGCUACACAUUUCUUUGGAAAUUAGUAUUGAGAAUUUUGUGUUAGAUCAAGAUAACAACUUCGAACCUGAUGAGUUUGAGUUUUCUUAUAACCUGUUUGUUGGAUGAGGUGAGGAUAUUAUAGGGAGAAGUUACAUUUUAAACACUUCUGGGAGUUAAAGGGUUAAUUGAUAUUGGUUUAACCCUUUAACUCCCACAAGUGAUCAACAUGAAACUUCUCCCUACAAGAUCAUUACAUUAUCCAACAAACAGGUAAUGAGAAUAUUCAAACUUAUCAGGUAGAAGUUUUUGUCUUGAUCUUAUACCAAAUUCUCAUAAUUAAUUUGUGGCAGUUGGAUGGGAGAAUCAACAAUCAGACCUUAGGAGUUAAAGGGUUAAAGGUAUUUUUUGAAAGGUAUUUUUUUAAAAAUCAUUUGUUUCUUUUGGGUGGAAUUGUAAAAUGGCGACCUAAGCGUGGCUGGUGCUGUUCGGAAACUCAGUAACUAACUGUAGAUAGCUUGGCUGUUAGCUGGCCUCAUUUUAAUAUUAAUUUUUUUUCGAUCAACUAGUGAUAAUUUUGGCUUUGGUUUCGCGAUACACAAUCGAAAUCCACUCUAAUCGACGGAAGCCCUUUUAUUUUAAUGCCGCCUCACCAGUUAUUCAUAAUCGAAAUUAUUCAUGACUAGUGAGGCGGCAAAUUUGAAAGCGAUUUUGCUCAAAAUUAAGGAAUAAUAGGCCAUUUUUAUUUUGAAAAUUGGUGAACAGGAACCACUAUCCUUUUCAGUUUGAAAAUUGCCAGUGGAAGAUGCGUUCAAAAAUGGCGCCAUGGAACUGUUUUCACAGAGAAGAGAACUUUUUCAGUACUAAUAAUUUAACAUCGUUUUUUCUUCUUUUUUCAGGGAAUUUGUUGAUCAUCAUCGCCUUCCUUACCACCCCCAAGCUUAAAACGAAAACCAACUACUUCAUAUUCUCCCUGGCUGUGGCGGAUCUUUUGGUUGGGUUAUUUUCUGUUCCCCUAUGGAUAUAUUUCAUUGUCACGUUUGACUUCAAGAACGAUUUGUAUAAGUAUUACCAAUUGGGUGACAUUGUAUCGGGUGUGUCGUCUAUUCUGCACUUGACGUGUAUUAGUAUAGAGCGGUGUUAUGCUAUAGUCGCACCCUUAAAACACAGGAAGAUCGGUAAAGGUAUGCAAAAACUUCUUCCUUUUCAACACACUUUCUUCCUCACUUUUUAUAUCUUCCUGUCUUUGCUCUUCCUCCUGCCUUUCUCUCGAUCUUAUCAAUCCUUCACUCGUCAAUUCCCUCCGUCUUUCCAAACCCUUGCCUUAAUCUUUUUCCUUCAUCGUAUUACUUCUCGUUUUCUAGUGCAUAUAGUCCAUACAACAGCUUAAUAUCCAAUUGCUAUGUUUUCCUUGCAGCUAAAAUUUUCGCUGGUAUCGUGCUUUCAUGGCUGCUUGCCAUUUUCAACGCCUUAUUGAGAAAGCUUUCCGGCUGGAAAGAUGUCGCCAUAUUCAACACGUUUACUUUCUUCUUCGUUCCGUCGCUGUUGAUAGUUGCUGCUUACAUAGCUAUCUUCUUUGUGGCCAAAAGGAGCUUGAAAGAACAUAGUAGACGUUCCCUAAAGAAGGUAUAUUCAUAACCAAACAUUAACUGAGUAAAUUAGGGAGAAGUUUGAAGAUUAGAGAAUCCAUCAUGCUGAGCCAAUCCAGCUAGGUUUGCCCGGUAAAGUAAAAGGGGAGAACACGAAGCAGUUCAACCCGACUAGAUCUCCGAUUCGCAGUGCCAAGACCCCUGCUGAUCGUGAUGGUUCGGUUAGUAUGUAUUUGAGGACGUUCUGGCUCUUAAAAAUAAGGGUUGAAUACAGUUUCCGUUAUCUUGGCAUACUGGGCCAGCUCGGUUAGAAAUUCAAAAACAACGAAUUAACAUCUAUACCCCGCACUGGCUACAAUUCUUUUUCGUAACCAGCAGCUCUUGCUAGCAACAAUAUAAAUUGCUUGGGAUUUUAAAGCUUUUCGAGAAGUCGAAGAGUAUUAUACGGUCAUCGCGCAAAUUAUAUUUCAAGUGUCUUACCUCUGACUCUCGAAAGGAUCUCUUCCCUGUAUCUCCAGGCUGUAAGUGUUCUUGAGUUUGAUUUUGAACAGCUUGCUUUCCUUUUUUUUUUGUAGGACCUUCAUGUGGCCUAUACUGUUGCCUUAGUAACCGGCGUUUUUGCCAUCUGCUGGCUUCCAUUUUUUUCGGCGAUCUUGAUCUACAAAUGGUGCGCUGCGUGCACAUUCGUAUGGGACAUGCGCGUCCUGAUGGCAGUGAAAGUACUGCACUUUGGUAACUCUGCUAUGAACCCCAUCAUCUACUCGGUCAGAAAUCGGAGGUUUAACAAAGCUUUCAAAGGGCUUUUGCUGCGUUUGGUCUGUCGUAGACUGGAUACAUCCUACGCCGGCAUGAACAACUCCACUCAGGCGACUCAGCGCACCCGCCUGACUAUGACAAUGAUGGAUAAAUCUGUGAAGCUUUCUCCCCAAAACAGGAGUCAUUCAGAUGACACGUGCACGACUAAACUUACCUAACCUCAGCCACUGGAAAGUAGCUUCUGGGAAACAACUUAGAGAGAAAAAAGAUAGUUAUCUGUGGCGUUACAUGGUUCCUCAGACGAUUUCAGAGUUAGAGGAACACAAGUAAAACAUUCAGACAACACAAGGACAGGUUAUGUCUCAUAUACUUGUUUAACGCUCCUUGGAGAAUCACUGUAUCCAGAAGUUCUAGUCGUGUUUGUCCUGAGGAGAAAGUUAUUCAAUGUGUAUUGAAAAAUUGCUUCAUCUUCUGAAUAUCUUUCUUUGUUGUCUUGGCAAUGUUGAAAUGUAUUAUUGGCGCUUUAUGUGGUUAAAGAGGAACAUGACAUCUUUUCGUUUUUGGUUGUUCGGUAUGCCCCACCCAGUCUUCAAGGUUCUGUGUUGUGCUUAGUGGGCCCAGCUAAACCUCCCUUUAUCAAAAAGUAUGUUUUGUAAAACGCUUUUCAAGGAUGAUCUGAUGCAUAUAAUGUUCUAUUGUCGUCACGGCUUUUUUUUUCUUGGUCUAGGUUUGUUUGGGCGCUGCCCUUUCUCUCGUAUAAAGAGAGGAUAACUGAAACAGGGUUCUACUUGAAAUUUGUACAUAGAACUAUUGAAGGGUGGAACAAGUUUUCAGUUAUGUAUAGUUAAAAAAAAUUGAAGUAACCACUACGAUUUUCUUAGGUGUUUUAAAGCAAGACUAACGCAUUCUGUCCUUCUCAAAUAUUCUUAUUGUGAUACGUCGUAUAAUGUGCGUAUACUGGUGCAACAAGUCUCGAAAAAUACUGGUUGUCGUUAGCUUAAUUUUGCCUUAUUUUAAGUUUCUAAAACAUUGAGCAAGAAAUCGGAAGAGGAGGGAAGAGUAACUAAUGAGAGUAUUUUGAAAACGUCUUAUUCUAAUGGGUGGGUUGGCGUUAGUAUCCGGAUGGGAGAAAUCUAAAUUAUGCCCCGAUUUUUGGAAGUUGACAUUUUGACUUGAGAACUUUAAAUAGUCGCCUUUUGAUCUGGUGAAGGACUUUUUUUUUCGGCUAGAAGUAGGUGUCUGGUGUGAAAGGUGAUUCCAUGAUAAAUAUGGUUGAAUGUAUAAUGAUCUAAUCAUUUUACAAUUGUGCUACUGACGUAGUGUGAGACCAUAUACGAAACGAUGUGUUGUCCAAAGCUAGGAACACUCACUAAACUGUCAAAUUAAUUCUGUUUUUGAACAAACAGAUAGAUAAGCUAUGCCCUAAAAACUAACUUACCUAAAAAAAAACCGAAAUGUUAUAUGCAAUAGACAGUUCCUUC